AUAUUUGCUUUCCUUCCUUAGGCCGGGUUGAUGUCGACCAUGUGAUAACAAGGAAAAUGCAGCUAAUAGCAGAAGCUGAGCAACUGAAGCCAGCUUUCAUGAAGGAGGUGGACAGUCAUUUUACAGAGUUUGUGAACAGCUUAGUGGCAAAAUCAGCGCUCCUGGAUUCUUCAUCUUCCCUCUUUCCAGAUCCUUGCUCAGAGAAGGACCUACACAAAGCCAAGACUUUGAGAGCCCCUCCAGAACAUGGCAAGAUCUUUACUGCCAGGAGAUCCCUCUUGGAUGAACUCUUCGAAGUGAGUCACAUCAGGACGAUCUACCACAUGUUCAUCGCUCUUCUCAUUGUCUUCAUCCUUAGCACGCUUUUAGUAGACUUCAUUGAUGAGGGAAGGCUGGUCCUGGGAUUCGACCUUUUGGUCUUUGUUUUUGGAAAGCUUCCUGUUGUCUUCUGUACUUGGCUCUGCAUGUUCUCUGCCACCGUGGUGGUUCCCUACGGCCUCUUCUCCCAGUGGGCCCAGAGCUACAGCAGUUCCUCCCACCGUGUUAUCUUGUCAACCUAUGUCACUAUAGCAUAUGCCCUGCCUCCAGCUUCCCGGUUUAUUGUAAUCUUGGAACAGGUCCGCCUUGUUAUGAAGGCUCAUUCAUUUGUCCGAGAGAAUGUUCCUAAGGUCCUGUCUUCCGUGAAGGAGAAGGCUGGCCCUGUACCUAUUCCCCGAAUUACUCAGUACCUGUACUUUCUCUUUGCUCCCACCCUCAUCUACAGAGACAACUAUCCCAGGAAUCCCACAAUAAGAUGGGGGUAUGUAGCUACCAAGUUUGCACAGGUGCUUGGUUCCCUUUUCUAUGCCUACUACAUCUUCGUGAGACUCUGCAUUCCUCAGUUCCGCAACAGCAGUCAAGAAACAUUUCAUCUUCGAGGGCUGGUUCUCUGCAUCUUUAAUUCCAUUCUGCCAGGUGUCCUGAUCCUUUUCCUGGUUUUCUUUGCAUUCCUUCACUGUUGGCUUAAUGCGUUUGCCGAGAUGCUGCGCUUUGCAGAUAGGAUGUUCUAUAAGGACUGGUGGAACUCCACUUCCUAUGCAAACUACUACCGAACCUGGAAUGUAGUGGUACAUGACUGGCUCUAUUACUAUGCUUACAGAGACUUCCUUUGGUUUUUUGGUAAGAAGUUCAGAGCAGCAGCUAUGUUGUCAGUCUUCACGGUCUCGGCUGCUGUGCAUGAGUAUGUCCUGAUUAUCUGCUUCGGCUUCUUCUAUCCAGUUCUCUUCUGCCUCUUCAUGUGCUUUGGAAUGGUCUUCAACUUCAUCCUUAAUGACAGGCGGAAAGGGCCUAUCUGGAAUGUGGUCAUGUGGACGUCCCUUUUCCUGGGCCAAGGUGUCAUCCUUUGCCUCUACAGCCAGGAGUGGUAUGCCCGCCAGUACUGCCCUCUGGAAAACCCCACAUUCCUGGACUACUUAAAGCCACGCUCAUGGUCAUGUCAUACGCAGAUGUAAAAGCAGAUACCUCGGCUGCAUCAUCGCCACAGAAGAUCAGAGUCAUCCUCCAAGCAUUU